GUGAUGGCAACCCCAGAGGGGGACAGCGAAGAAACCAGGGGAUUCCCUGAGCCAGCCAGAGAAGCAGAUCUACCUCCACCCACAGGAAAGGAGCUAGAAGAAGCAAGCCGUUUUGCCUAUACUGCUCUUUGUGGGAUGUCUCUGGCUUGGUUAUUUCCAGAACCAGAACAAAGCUCCUUCCGAAUAGAAUAUGUGGAAGGCCUAGUGAAAUGGCUGGAGUUACCAGAAACUGUCCUCCCAUCCAUCGUGGCCUUUGCCAGUGGCCUGGGAGGAGAAGAAGAAGAGACAUUUGCAGAAAUUUUAUUGAAGGAUCCAGUCUUGAAAAAUGAUCCACUGGUGAUUACUCAGGAUCUUCUGGCCUUCUCUCUCAGGAAUGGCUCUUAUGAUGCUCGGGCCAGGGUACUUGUCUGCCAUGUCACCUGCCUGCUAAAAAUACCCCCAGAGGAGCUGGAGAACCUAGAAGAAAUGUUGCUGGAAAGGCUGAAGGAAAGACAAGAAGAAGAGUCUGAAGCUGCUGAAGCUUUAAGAAAAAAGAGAGAAAAUCGAAAGAAAUGGAAGCGUUAUUUCCUAAUUGGCCUAGCCACAGUUGGAGGUGGGACAGCAAUAGGUGUGACAGGUGGUCUGGCUGCCCCAUUUGUGGCUGCAGGAGCAGCCACUAUCAUUGGUGCCACGGGUGCAGCUGCUUUGGGCUCUGUGGCAGGCAUUGCAGUCAUAACCUCUCUCUUUGGAGCUGCAGGAGCAGGUCUGACAGGCUACAAGAUGAAGAAGCGCGUGGGAGCUAUAGAAGAAUUUGAAUUCUUACCGCUAACUGAUGGGAAACAACUUCAUAUAACUAUUGCCAUCACUGGCUGGCUCUGUUCCGGUAAAUACGGAAUGUUUACUACACCCUGGGCCAGCCUGGCCCGGAGCAGCGAGCAGUACUGCCUGGCCUGGGAAUCUAAGUACCUGAUGGAGCUUGGCAGUGCCCUGGAGACCCUGCUUAAUGGCCUUGUGAAUAUGAUGGCUCAAGAAGCCCUGAAAUAUACGAUCCUGUCUGAUUGCCAAGGGAUCAUCGAGGACAUCGUCUUGCUUGGAGCACCAGUGGAAGGAGAAGCCAAGUACUGGAAGCCUCUCAAGAAGGUGGUAUCUGGGAGAAUCAUCAAUGGUUACUCCAGGGGAGACUGGCUGCUGAGUUUUGUGUACCGGACGUCCUCUGUGCAGCUGAAAGUGGCCGGCCUCCAGCCCGUCACCCUGGAUGACAGGAGAAUGGUCAAUGUGGACUUGUCAUCCGUGGUCAGUGGCCAUCUGGACUACAUGAAGAAAAUGGACACCAUCCUGAAGGCCGUAGGGAUUCGCACCAGAGAAGACAGCCUAGGAAACAAGAUUUUCUCCAUUGCUCCCAGUCUCCAGGGUAGAGAGGAGCUACAAUCAGAAGCCUCAGAGCCUCCAAAAGAGGAUGUAGCCAUGGACCCCAAGAAGACCAUCCACCCCAGCUGCCAGGCCCAGGACUCAACUCCAAGCCAUGGGCCUAUCCAGGACAAGAGAGUCACAGACCAUUCCAGGGUUUCCCCUGAGCCUGAGCCCUGCCAGUCCCAAAGCCCAGAUGAGGCCUACCAUUUAGACCACCCUACCAUCUGCAGUCACAUCAUGGGCCCAAACCCACUGGGCUGCCCAGACUGUGCCAACAACACCAAGGUAGACAGCCCUGAGCUCAACUGAGUUAGGGGAAAUGGAAGAUUUCCCCCUCCCUGGAAUUCUCCUUCAAGGGUCCUUCCCCUACUGUCUGCUCUCUGGCAGAGUCAGGUAAGAGGGUGGCAUUUGCUCCUGGAUGUUGGGUAUUCUGGAGCUAGAGAGAGUUUUGAAGGCCUUUGACUCUGGGACUGGAGGUUGAGGGGCUCAAGGAAAUGAGAGCCUUUUACAGGUCAAUUCUUCAGUAAUUUUCAAGACUGUUAAGCCAAUGAGACAUUGUCUCAUACUUCUUGCCAAUAUCAUAUGGAAAGAUCAGCGGAGGAUGAUGAAGAUGAGCCUGGGGUCAGGGUGGGUAUGGGGAGAUGCUAGUAUUGUACCUCUAUUGAGUUAUACUGGCUUUUCUUGUUUCAUCUCCAUUGUUACAGGCUGAUAUUUGUACAUGGAAGCUCUUAGAAAGCAGAGAGGUGAUGUUUUGGGCCAGGGAACAUCUAGACAGGAAAAGAGCAAUCACAGACAUACCCUUCCUGUUUCAGAGAGGACUAAUGGCUAUAGAAAUCCUGAGAUUACCAACACUGUCUGACCAUUCUGGUGACAAGAUGAGUGAUACCAAGCAAGGAUUUCCUGGAGCUAGGAGCGGGGAAAUAAAGUCCCUCAUAUUCAGAGGUCACUUUUCACUCUUC